ACAUCCUGUCUUUGUGUGUGGGGCUGGCUGGAGUCUCUCAGCCUCACCUGCCAGACAACACCCCCUCCUUCCUUACCCUGUAUCCUGCAUUCUCCUGAAACCUUGAUCCACACAAUGCCUCCCAACCUCACUGGCUACUACCGCUUCGUCUCGCAGAAGCACAUGGAGGACUACCUGCAAGCCCUAAACAUCAGCUUGGCUGUGCAGAAGAUCGCGCUGCUGCUGAAGCCGGACAAGGAGAUCGACCACCAGGGCAACCACAUGACGGUGAGGACGCUCAGCACCUUCCGAAACUACACUGUGCAGUUCGAUGUGGGAGUGGAGUUUGAGGAGGACCUCAGGAGUGUGGACGGACGAAAAUGCCAGACCGUAGUAACCUGGGAGGAGGAGCAGCUGGUGUGUGUGCAGAAAGGGGAGGUCCCCAACCGGGGCUGGAGACACUGGCUGGAGGGAGAGAUGCUGUAUCUGGAACUGACGGCAAGGGAUGCAGUGUGCGAGCAGGUCUUCAGGAAGGUCAGAUAGCCAGAGAGGAGCCGAGAUCCCUCUAGACAGCACCAGCCCACAGACCCUCUUGUUGUGCCCCCUUCAAGCCCAGAUUGUGCCAGGUCAGCUGUCCCUUCCUCUGGCCACCUUCCCUCCCUCUGGGUCCCUCCUCACCCCUCCCCGUGUUAAUCUGUAACUUGCAGCCCCCAGGCCAAAGUCCUUUCUCAAACUCCACUGCCCAAUAGUGACCUCACUUCCAGGUCAAGGUCUGCCCUCCCAGACGAAAGAAGCAGGCAAAGGGAAGAAGCCCCUGAGAACAACCAAUCUCCGCUCUCUCCUGUCCAUUUGACCUCUUCUUUUCCUUCUAAGAAAGAACUAAGCUUUGGGCAUUUGGCGAUUAGUGAAAAUUCUAUCCUGAUGGACUUCUGGAAAACUGUGACUGGGGUUCAAGAGUUUAAACAGCGGCUACCGGCAGAGUCUUUUUGUCCAUUUCUUUGUCCUUAUUCUUGAGAAAGCCUCAUGUGCUCAACAAAACCAGGCCCAAGACACAGCCCCACACACACAGGGUUCAACGGACUCCACGGUUCUGACAUCUGAAGGCAUCUGGCUAUUUGAUACUUCCAUCCUAU